AUAAUAAGAUUUUCACAUCUGGACAUACUGUUACAGUUCAGUGAACUAAAUACAAGAAUUUACCAUAGUGUAUGAGAAUUACAAUUAUGAACAAAGCAAAUGAAAGUGUUCUAAUUUAGCUCAGGCUACUCUGACUGCUAUUUAUGAAACAGGAACACAUAAUUCAGUGUUAUAAGUAGCAAAGCCAUCUUACUUUAAAAUACACCACUUCUGAGAGUAAAUCUGCAAUAAUUAAUUUUUAAAAACAGCUAACACAUGAUGCAACUUAAAUUAUUUGUCUGCAUCCUGUGGAAGGAAGAAGUUACUGCUGGGUGCUAGCUAUACCAUGCUUUCGGUCACUUGCCUUUCAAAUAUGAAGCCUGUCAUGCAAUUUGCACCCCAAAUGCCUCAUGCUUUAGUUUUUCAUUCACAUUUCCAGAGCUCUAGAUUAAGUUCAGCAGUGUUUCUCAAAUGAGGAUAGACCUACUUCAAAAACUGGUUUAUAGCCAUUGAUUUAAUGGAUAUAAGUUAAUAAUAGCAUCAUUGCAGAUUCUCAUACCAUUCUCCUUUUAUUUCCAAUAACCGACCCUUUACUUUUAAGCCAAAUAUAGGGAGACAGAACUGUUUGCUUCUACUGGAAUGAGAAGAAAUAGUUGGAUGCUGGGAACAUAUAUAAGCAAAAUGGUUUUCUUUGCUGGAAACCUGAUUUAGAAUCUAACAAAAUAUUGUCUCUAUUAUAUCAGUAUAAACUAGAAAGACACUAUGAAUGCCAUGGCAAUUGAAUUGUACCUCCCUUUCUUUGCUGCCAUCCCAUUUUUUCUUGAGAUGAUGUGCCUUACUAGAAGCGUCAAGGUUUCCAAGAUGCUAACAGGUCAGCAGUUUUCUCACAGUACCUCUGCACAACAAGUCUGUUUGCAUUUUUCAGAUUCACAAAGCCAAGAGAAUGAGAGAUUCUGAGGUGUGCAGGGCUCCUAUAGAAGGAGUCAACACUUCAGUGGGAAGAGCUGUAGACUGCAGUGGAGCUAGGAUCAGGGAUGCACACCUGGAGCCUCACAUAAUAUUCUGCAAUUACGACAGAGCAGAACCCCUGUUCUUCUAGACUCAGCCUGCAUAAGUGACCAUUACAGAGAACACACAAGGAGAUCAAAACCGAAUCAGAACUAAGCAGGUCAUCUGUAAUUGUAUUGUGACAUAAAGUAGCUCCAAGGAUUUCUUUUUUUUCCCCCCCUGGAUGAUUCCUGCAUUAAAUGUGCUCAUUCCCCUGGAGCUUAGGCAAGCUUACCUUGUCUUUUGAUAAGGAGGCUGAGUUUGUACAUAAUCAAUGGUAGUAAUGGUACUGAAGGACAUGUUAAGCACCUCUGUCAUGCUUCAGCAAUCAAAAUGCCACUGAAGAUUGAAUUUAAACUAUAUUAUUGAUGGUGCAUGGGAAAGAAUAAGAUCUGUAUUUCUUUUUUGUCUGCUGUCUCUGUGGCAGAUAAGAUCAAAGAACAAAAUGUAAUUAAUUACUCAACUUUCUGAAUAAACAGAGCAGAUCUAUUGAGUGGGAAGGCACCCUAUUUAUGUGGUCACUUUUCAGCAUAAAAAUGUGCUUUAGGUUUACUCUAAGUAAUGACACUGGUGUGUAUGGGUGUACUUUGGUCAAUUCUAGAGAAACGGCAUAUUUAAAAGUAAUAAUAAUAUUUAAUGCUUCAUGAAGCACUAUCAGACACUUCUAUUUCACCACAUUUUCAUGUAGUUACACAUGAUGGGUUUUUCGAUAAAAUAAAUUGCAUGCAAUAUGCUAGUUUUAGUCAUUAAUCACAUCUGAUGUCUGUUGAUUGCAUGACUUUUAAGUGGGAAGAACAUUGUCAAUAGAGUUUUUUCCAUACAGAACAGAACGUUGUUCAGAAAUUGCAAUGAAUAUAGAUCUUUUGUUUUACCAGUGAGAUCCAGAAACCUCCGUUACAACACUGGAAGUAAACACAGAGAGAAUUUACUGUUCUAAUCAGUUCUGAAUAGCAGCAUCAUAGUUACUGAAGCAUCAUAUUCCAAAGUGAAAAAGAAGUAAAACUUCCAAGAGAGGACUUUACCUAGAGAGAAUCUAUAUUCUUCAAAAUAUAAAGUUUGUGAAUAAUGUAUUUCAUUGAACUUCUUUAUAGAAGUUAUAAUGUAUUCAUAGACGUUCUGUAAAAUAAAUUGCCUUCUUUCUUGUUUUAGUUUUUUUUUUUUUUUUAAUAUUAUUGCAUUUGGUUCUGCUGUAGUAAGAGAAGAGGGCUCUUAUAUCACACAUGUAAUUCAGAUUGAAUUAUUUCACAAACACUACAACAGCAAUAGGAGCACUUCAUCUGCUUCGGGAUUGCGUUAGAUGCUCAGUGCUGCACAGCAAUUAAGAUAAAAAUGGAAAAUAAGAGUCUUGACAUAAAAAAAUAGGAGAAUUUGUAAGGGAAGGAUAACUGAACCAUCACAGGACAGUAGGUAGCUCUUACAAAAAGCUCCACAGCCAGUUUCUUGGAUUAGCCUUCAAAUAGGAAUGCUAGGACCCUCAAUAAGUCUUAGUCUGAAGUUCUACACUACAAAUUUACAGAAAGAAACAUUACAUCCUGGCAAUCUGCAGAGUCUUAGUUUUCAACUACAACUUUAAUCCAAAUUUCUACAGAGGAUUUAUCCUAGUACUGAUUUCUCUUUUCUUGGAAGAGACAGUAGCACACAACAGUGCUCUUCAAGUAUCACAACUUCGUAGUAACAAGUUGUAGGUGAAAUGUUACUCUCUGAGUCCAGGAAGAGCAUUCAUUUGCAUUCCUCUUUGCCAGUCCUAAUUAAGUAUAUGUUGGAGAACAAUAUCCAUCUGCAAACAGGAAAGAAGCUUUGACGUCUUCAUUUCCUACCCACAUGAUUCUGAGAGUCAUACAGGUCAAACUCUGCUCUAAAAAUGUAGCUAAAGUUCAGUGAAACAAUCUUCCUUGCAAAAUAUAAUCCUUUUACUCAGACUACCCUGAAUAGAUAAAAGUAGCAGCUAUGAGUUUUCAUUCAGACUCAAAACAGCAAAUUCUCUUUUUGUGAAAAAAACAAUCAUUCAGUUUAGAAGGAGCCUUAAAGGGAAUCUACUUCCAACCCCCCCUACCAUGGGCAGGGACACAUCCAACUAGUUCAGGCUGCUCAGAGCCACAUCCAACCCCGCCUCAAGUAUUUCUGGGGACAGGGAAUCCAUGGCUUCUCUGGGCAGCACAUCGCAGUGCUUCAACACCCCACAAUGAAGAAAAUUCACUAUACCUUCCUCAUAUUUAAUCAAAAUUUACCUUCUUCUAGCCUAAAGCUAUUACCCUUUGUCCUACAACUACAUGCCCUUGUAAAAAGUCUCUCACAAGCUCUCUUGUAGGCUCCCCUUUCAGUUCUGGAAGGAUGCUAUAUCACCUCCUCAGAUCCUUUUCUUCAGGUUGAAGAAAUGCAACUCUCCUCUAGAAAGCUCACAGAUACAGCUGUAGAACUGUGAAUAGACUUCAGACCUCUAGAUCUGUCAUUUCAACCUUAGUUGUUACAUAAACUUCCUAUCUGGUAAAGUAUCUGAGAAAACAGAAUUUUGCAUUCACUCUGCACAUUGCCCAUGAGUCUGGUCUUGGUUCAGCUAGAACAUAAGUAACAGAAAUAAAGAAGUCAGAACACCAACAGCUAAACUGUGGCACAGCAGAGUUAUGUUGAAGGUCACAUCAGAGAAUAAUAUGUAAAUGAGAUUUGCCUUUCACUUUUCUGUUAUAGCUGCUAGACACCAAUGCUGCCCACUACUCACUGCAGACACAAACCAAUGAGAUAUAUUGCUUACUUCUAUUUCUCUGAAGUAUAGCUUUAAGAAUUACUGAUACAGCUCCAUGGGUAGAUCUCCUUUUCAAAAAAUAUCUAGAUUUCAAAUCAGUCUGAGGGUUUAUAAAUAUAAACACAGGGAAUCUUAGGAACAAGUUGUGUUCAUGAUAUCUUUUAAAAGAUACAAGAUAGACAGAAACUGUUUAAAUCAGUUUUUGGUUUGUGCUGUGACUCUUGAGUUAAUAACAUUUGCUCCAUACAAAGAUUUCGGAAACUGUGAACUUUUCCCUCCAACCCAGGCAAAGCUCAUCUACAAAUAUUCCCUUUCCUAUUGGCUCAGCAGCAGUACCCCUCCCCUCCACCAUCAGUGCUCUCAGACACAAUCCCACCCACAGUCUCUCAUAUAAGGCCUGGUUGGAAAUCUGUUUCUUAAUUUCUGCUUUUGGACAGGGGUUGACUGUAACUCCUUUCCACAGCCGAGCAAUGCCUGUGGAUUUCAGUGGAACCUGGAACCUUGUCAGUAAUGACAACUUUGAAGGCUACAUGACAGCUUUAGGCAUUGACUUUGCAACACGCAAGAUAGCAAAAAUGCUGAAGCCUCAGAAAGUGAUCAAACAGGAUGGCGAUUCAUUUUCCAUCCAUACCACAAGCACAUUCAGAGACUAUAUGCUCCAAUUUAAAAUUGGUGAAGAGUUUGAGGAAGACAAUAAAGGCCUGGAUAACAGAAAAUGCAAGAGCCUGGUUACCUGGGACGAUGACAAACUUAUCUGUGUCCAGGCUGGGGAGAAGAAGAACAGGGGCUGGACUCACUGGCUCGAAGGAGAUGACCUCCAUUUGGAGCUUCGCUGUGAGAAUCAAAUAUGUAAGCAAGUAUUCAAGAGAGCUUAAAUAUCAGCAUUGGUUCCAACAUGGAAAGACAGCUAUAUGCAGGAGGCCAUGCGUUCUUGUGUCCAGUGAUAACUGGAAAUACAAAACCUGGUUUCUUUCUAAAUAAAUAAUCUGUUUCUGUCUCAGGAAAUACUAUUGGUUGUUAGCAGUGUUAAAGAUCUGACUUUUGCUAAUAAACACCACAAAACAUCUGAAGUACCUGUCUUCUGUGUGUUUUGGAGAAGGGAAAAAAAAACCCAAAUUGUAAGCGAUAAGGUGCUUUGUGGUUAACUAGUCACCCAGAUCGAAACAAGAACCAUUCCCCCUUCUAUAAGGGCACGGCAAGAUCAAACAAAUCAGGAAGGACAGCUUAAACUUGUGUAACUCUAGGAAUGGUAAAAAGUUAAGACUCCAACCAAGGAUGCAACUUCACUAUUUAAAAUGCUUCUCUCCUUAAGAUACACACUGGUACUUCAGGGGCAGUUAACUGCUCCCACUAACUCUUAAGUGAGUAAUGUGAAGUCUUGCUUUGUUUUCCAAACAAUGAAGUUCAACUUACCAGAGGAAGUCAGUCAGUGACCAUAUCCCCCAAUAACAAAGAUAGGUCUGAGCAAUCACAUAAGUUUCUGUCCAUGAAAUAAUUUGCUACUAUCAGCACAAGUAAAAAUAAUGCUGCUCCUGAUGAGGCUUAUUUGCAUGCAUUUGUUCCAUUUGCUAACAUACUUUUCUAUGCAACAAUUCACAAGGUCAGAAACAAGAAAUAAUAAUUAACUCAUGUAAAUAACUGGCCAGAUCAACUCGUUACACAUGUGAAAUGAACUGCUACAUCUCCUGGGUAACACUAACAGCACACAGGUCCUGUUGCUGAAGUUUAAUCUAAAUUACUGAGCUUCAGACAGAUUUAAUUAGGAUUCUGUUUUUCACAGGAACUCAACUUAUCCUCAACGCUUUCAGAGAUAAGUAGUAAAACUCAUUAUUUAAGUAUCUCUUCCUCACUGUCAUCUCUGUUGAAGCUGUGAGAACUUUUAAUUAGAUCAAUAUCCCAGAUAACUACCAGAGGACUCUAAAUGUGGCUUCCAAAACAUGAAAGGAAGUCCUAGUACAUCUUAGGAGUCAGGACAGGGACAUUUGGAGGACGGGUAGUAAAACA